UGGAACCAAGGUUUCAGUGCUAUUAAAGAAACUAUUUGUCAAAAAUCGGACCUAUUUUGGCCUUUUUCAGAUUUUUUGGACCUAUUUUGGCUCAUACUAUCACUAAGAUAGGAGCCUAUUUCACGAUUUUCUGGACCUAAAAUGUCGGACUCUAGUUAUUACUCUCCUCAGAAUUUUUCUCUAUAUAACAUUUAUUUUUGCGUUUUUCGAUAGAUGCCAGUUUGAAUUAAUACGGUUUUUUCAUUUGAAUCCGGUUUUAUCCGUAACGUUUUUCUGUGAAAUCUAUGACAAGAAAUUUUUUUCUACUUUGCUUUCUUAAUGCUAAAAUUUCCUUUUCAAGUCAACAAGGGAUGUGGAAAUUGUCCAUCUAAAACAUGCAUUACUUGUUAUAAACACAAGUGUAAUGAUGGAAAUGAUUUGCCUUACUAUUGUCUGGAUUACGAUGGAAAAAGUGUAAUUGAAUGUAAAAAAUCGGAUUGUUAUAUAGAUAAAUGUAUGUUUAUUUUGAGUUUUGGGAAGGGCAUCUUGAUUUUUGAGAUUCCUAUCAUACUAUAA